AUAAAAAUCAAUGAAAUGUCUAAAACGCAAAGUUCCGUAUCAGAGGAUAAAUCCAAAAGUAGUGAUGAACUCAAAACUAAAAACAAAGAUAAAAGUGUUGAUAAAAAAGAUGAUGAAAGCAAAGUCAAAGCUCAAAGUCAGAGCAAAGAAUGUCGAGAUGUCGAUGAAGACAAAGAUAAAGACAAAGAUAAAGAUAAAGAUAAAGACAAGACAUUUAAAUUGCCGGAUAAUGACAUCAAUUUGCUAAAGCAAAAGAACUAUACCAUUGGUGAUGCCAUCAGCAGCGGUACAUUUUCGACGGUAUGCAAAGCUUUUAAGACAACUGAUAAGGAAAAGGAGACGAUUGCCGUUAAGAUUAUUAACAUAGAGAAGUGUUCGGAAGAUGUCAAGAAGAAGUUCAUUCCUCGAGAGUUAUACGCUAUGACUAAACUAAAGCACCCGAACAUCAUUGCUGUGCUCAACAUUUUUACUAUCACUAAUAGAGUCUAUGUGUUUAUGGAGUUGGCUCAGGGAGGUGAUAUUCUGGAUCUGCUUAAAAAGGAGACAUUAGGCGAAACAAAGACAAAGUGUUUAUAUAAAGGGUUGGCCGAAGCCAUCAAAUAUAUUCAUUCAAAAGGUUUUGCUCACAGAGACAUCAAAUGUGAGAAUUGUUUAUUAAAUAAAGAGCGAACAGUCGUCAAAAUCGGUGAUUUCGGGUUUUCGAGGACUUGUUUCGACACUACAACCGGACAGAGAGUAUUGAGUACAACAUAUUGUGGAAGUAUUGCUUACGCGGCUCCAGAAAUCUUAAGCGCAGAACCGUAUAAUGCAAUGAUUAGCGAUGUCUGGUCUAUGGGUAUUGUACUCUAUGUUAUGGUUGAGAAAGAUUUACCUUUUGAUGACAAAGACAUGAAAAAAAUGAUCAAAUUUCAGAAAAACUGUAAAUACGGUUUGAAUGACAAGCUAUCGGAUAAUUUUAAGGAUCUGAUUCGCAAACAUCUCGAACCGGAUCCCAAAAAGAGAUACACAAUAAGUCAAGUAUUGGAUCACAAAUGGUUUAAAUGA